UGCCGACUGUGUUCAAGCACAAAAUGGAAAUUUUUUGAAAUUCUAAUAAAACAGCAAAAAAAAAAAAAAGGAAGCAGCGACUAAAACGAAAUAUAAAUUUUAAGGGAACAAAAUAUAUGUGUUAAAAAGCAAGCAGGAAAAGCAAUUGCUAAAAGUGCCGUUAGACCGCAGUGUCCGCAUCAAUUUCAUAACAGAUAAAUCGAUCAAAUUCAAGUCCUACGACGACCCCCCAACUAACAUCACAAGCGACGCCGCCGCCGUCGUCAUCGUCAUCGUCGGCAGCAUUAGCAGCAGCAGCAUCAGCUGUGAGGAAAAGCUUUUAAUAGCCAAACAUAGAAAUCAUAAGCAAAGGUCAAGUACCAGGCAAAAGGAAAAUCAGCAGCAUCAUCAAAAGAGGAAGAAGCAGCAACAUCAGCAUCAUCAUCGACCUCCUCUUCCUCCUCUUCAAGAUCUUUGUAGUGACAAAACCAACAACAAAAGUCAAAAUCAAAAUAAAUUAUUUUUAGAUCGCGUAGACUCGCGUCCCUUGAUUCAGUUUGUUGUUGUCGCUGGUUCCGACAACAAUAAUAAUAAAAAUAUUACUAAGAAGAGUCGUUAUAUUAACAACAGCCACGCCUACAAUCACUACUUGCGCCAAUAUCCUACGCCACGCCCAGUUGUACGCCCACGUUUACCGAUUAAAAUUUAUGCUUUAUAUCGUCACCUCGCGUUCGGUUCCCCGUGUGAACAAGUGCAACAGCAACAGCAGCUGAGGCUCGCUGGUGAAAUUCAACUGCUAUUGCUGCAUUUCCGUUUCCGUUUUCGCAUGUUAUUCGCCGAGGUUCCGGCUCCAACCUCAGAGCCGCCCCCAACAACUACGGCUGCCUCAACGGUUGAGCUUAUUGCAGGCACAAGUCACACCAACAAAGUGGAGAUAAUGGAGGUUAUGAAGAAGUUAGAUGCGGAUUUGGUAGCUCUAUUUGCCGCCGAGCCAUUGCUGGAGCAUCAAAUGAAGAAGAAACAAGAGCUGUGGCAGCAGCAACCACCACAACAACAACAGCAGCAGCAGCGCCUUGACAAGCAGGAGCCAGUGCAGCAGCAGCAGCAGCAGCAAGAACUGGAGCCACUUCAGCAGGAGGAAGAGUUGCAAAAGCUUCAGAUUUAUAGCAAGGAUGAUACUUUGCAGCUAUUUAAACAAUGCAAUGCCCUGCAAUUGCAUUUGGAGGCUUUAACUCUGCAACCAGAGGGAACCGAACGCAUGGAAUUGCUACAAACUGAAAUUCGUCCCAUUUUUACUGUGGAAUGUCAAUUGUCGGAAGAGUUAAUUAAAUUGGUGGAACGGUAUCCGAUGUUCCAUGUCAUGCAAUUUGAAUCGGAGAAAUUUCAAAGUUUAACCCAAUGUACACGUUUUAAUCAGGUGGCCCAGCGUGAGGUGCAUCUUGAUCAUUUGUCGUCGGCAUUAUCAUCAUCAUCCCUGGUGGAUGUUAAUGAUGAGAAUAAUGGCACUGCUAAAAAGGAGAAGGAGGAGGUGAUGAUGGGAUUCGGUCACAUUGACUUCACUGUGUGGUGGCGUGAGCCAGGCACCUGUCUCAAUGAAAUGUUGGGCUUGGGUCGUCUUCAGCUCAAGGAGCUCUAUGAGGCAUCGCUGCUGGAGCAAUGCAAAUGUAUACCGAUUAAGAGGCGUGAUAAUCAUUUUGCUAGUCUUUAUCUUAAAAUUAGUUUGCUCAAUAAGAAUACCAACAGCACCAUCACAACAACCACAAUCAGCAGCAACAACAAUAAUGUUGAGGAGAAGGAGCAAACUCAAAGCAACAACAACAACAACAACACCACUAGCAGCAAAGGCAACAACAACAGCAGCAGCAGCGAUGACGACACAACCAACAAAUCAUCUGCUCCAGUUAACAACAACAACAAUAACAUUUCGAGGACUUUAUCACCCAGCAGCCAGCUGAAUCUGAAUCAGAAUAAUACCAAAGCUUGCUUGGAUAAUAUUAAUUUCAUGGCAGAAACCACUAAAGUUCGUCUCCUACGUGGUUAUAUCUAUGCCGGAGAAUGGCGUCAAUUAUGUCCAAGCAUUAUAAACCAAUGCCAGGAGCUCUCACUUGAGCCAUUUUGGCAGCUAGAGCCAUUGGUGGCUAAAUGCAAUGAACUGGCAACAGGAUUCCAAUUGAAGGAACAUUUCGCCAUCAUAAACGAUGAUCGAUUCCUCUCGAGUGUGGAACGGCAGGAAUUGCUUAUGGACCUAAAUCCAUUGGGAGGUCAGGUGAAAUUGCCUUUGCAUCAAUUCUAUAUAGCCUAUAGAGAUGCCAGUAUAACCAAUCAUUUGUGUAAGGGGAAGCUUCCUGUGAUUUCCAUAGAUGGUUGGGCUCCCAUUUUACACAAGCAAACUCAAAUGCAGUUGGGUGAGCUAAAAGUGCUCUUGGCCAUAGGCAGUGAAACGCAGAUAGCCCAAUUAAAGCAAUUGCGUAGCUUUGAGCUGGAUAAUCAGCUCAAGCAACCACUUGCCGGUGGAUCAUCAUCUUCCUCAUCAUCAUCAUCAUCAUCGUCGUCAUCAUCAUCAUCAUUAAGACGAACCACCGAUUUAUUGGACAUGCUUCAAAAUGCUUUGACUUCUGCGCCACCUGCCACCCAACCAGGAGCAAUAGCAGCAACUGCAACAAUUGCUUCAACUCCAUCUCGUUUGCAAAUCACCACUAACAACAAUUUUCGCUUUAUAUUAAACAUUGUGGGAGCUGCUGGUCUGCCGCUCAAUCCUGGCUAUGGCAAAUCGUCGAAAAAACAGGCUAAACGCCAGGCGGCCGCCAAUAAGCGAUUUCCACCAAAUGAACCACCAAAUACCUAUGUGACCUUUCAGGCUAUAAAUGCGAAUAGCUCCACAUAUAAAUCGCAUGAGGGUUUAGUUUUUGCCACGCCCAUAAUUGAGAAAUCCACAACCCCACAAUGGAAGACCAAGUUUCAAGUGGAAGUCAGUGGCGAUUAUUUGAGCAAUCAACAAAAAUUGUUCAUACUGAAGCUGUGGAAGAAGGCCAAUCUCAGUUCCGGUGGCUGCAGCACCACUGAACCCACUCCCCUUGAAGAUGCCAUAAUAGGUUUCGCUGCCUUAAAUCUGGCUGGCAGUGCAGCAAAUGGCUGGCAUAAUAUUGUAGAUUUCAAUGGACGUGUCGUUGGUGGACUAGAGGCACAUGUAGCAAUGAUGGAGGCUCAUCAAGGAAACAAUAUUACAAUGGAUUCCACCAUUGAACAAUUUGAGCAAUCUUUGGAGUUAUCUCAUCUUCAAUUGGGUCAGGCUAUUAAACGUAAAUUUACCGAAUUGGAAGAAAUCUCUCAGAGAUUACGAACACGUCUGGUCGAUGUGACGGGUGAAUCCUUGAAAUCCCCACAAUUCGAUGUGAAUGAGGCACUUGAUAAUUGGCCCAAAGAAGAUGAAACGGAUGGAGAUGAUUUGGUUGCUGAUUUUGAGCGAGCCCUGCGCACACCGACGCCGACGCCAAUGUCAACGCCAACAUCGUCCUCUCCCCCACCCCAUGCAGCUGGUGAAAAGGAAUAGCCCCGGCUUAGUCUAGAAAUUUUCUCUCUUCUCUUCUUCAAGUCUCGAUGUUGUUAUCUCUGACAAAGGCUCAAUGCUAGUUAUAGUAGUAGUUAUAUAUAAUUAAUUAAUUCAUAUAUAUAUAUAUAUAUCUAUCGGUUAUGUACUUAAUUUGGCAUCGCGCGUUUUUUUAUGGCUGUCAAUAAUAGCAUGAAAUCAAAGCUAGCUAACAACGGUCACCAGGCGAUCGAUCGUAAGAUGUAUUGAAAAUAUUUCAAUAUUUGUUUACUUUUUUUUUGUCCAUUGGUUUUUUCUUUUUUCUGGGAAUGAGUCUAGAGUUUAGAUCUCCCGGCCCAGG